CGUGGGUAUCUCCCUUUUUUCUCUUUACCUUCUCAGCCUUCUGUCGCCUGUCGGAAUGAACCAACUAUUCUUCAGAAGGCCGUCCCACUCUCCUCUAGCUACCGACAACAUGUCUGAUGACGAGCUCUAUACUCUGAUAAAAAACAUUAACGGGAAGCGGGACGGUAUCGGUUAUAUGCCAGACCUUGACGUUAUGGGCUCGCCACCUGUCUAUCAUCUCAAGCCCUAUAAUCUUGUAGCUAAACUCGUCACCUUCGACCCUUGGACUGAGGUGUACGCUAUGCAGCAUGUACAACAGCAUACAACAAUUCUCGUUCCGCAAAUUCAUCGUGUCAUUCCCGAAUCGCGCGAUCGUGGAUUUUGGCUCGUCAUGGACUUUAUUGACGGAGAGUGUUUACUGGAAGCAUGGCCCAAGCUCAGUUGGUGGCGCCGUCUGCAGGUUAUCUGUACCCUGCGUUCCUAUAUCCAGCAGCUACAUCGAGCUCCCCUUCCUUCACCGGAUAUUCCAGGUCCUUCCGAUGGCACGGGUCGCUCUUUCCCUUGUUUGGGCAAUCACUUUGACUAUGGCGCUGGUCCGUUCUCGACAUAUGCUGCUAUGGCUGCUUGGCACGACCACCAAAACCAUCGUUACCAAGUCCUUCUCCACCAGCAAGGUGUUAAGAGAAUCUGGCAAUACAGCAAAUUUGAUCAAUCACUACCUUUGGUGUUCUGUCAUUUCGACUUGCACAUGCGCAAUAUUAUGCUUGAUAAGAAUAACCGUGUUUGGCUCAUUGAUUGGGCCUUUGCUGGUGCAUACCCUGCGUGGUUCGAGUACAUUCCCCUUGGAUCAACGGUUAAAACAGCUAACCCUAUGUUUUCGCUUCCUCGGUCAUUCGCAUGGUUCAUCGGCUUCAUUGUGGGAGGUUGUUGUGCCCCGUGGUACUAUGACAACUACAUUGGAGAUUUCUACCUUCGUAUUGAGAGCUAUCGCAAACGCCUCAUUGACAGCGAUUAUUUUGUAAAGCAGGGCAUCGAUCCAAAAUUGUGGCAACCGGCUGAUGUGGCUCGCCCUUCCCUACCUCAUGUGAUGGUUCAAAGGUGUUUCGACAUCGUAUAUGACACCCUUUUAGUAGUGAGAGGAUUGUUUGUACCUGCCUGACCCUCCUGUUUUGUUUUUUGGAUGUAAUGCGAUUGACCCUUCCUCCCAAAACGCGAUCCACACUUACUACUCAGAAUUUGAACCCUUCUUGCCGGGAUUGUGAUGGUGAAUGGAGAUGAAAGAUCUAGAUACGCGCAACUCUGGUGUGAAACUAGCUCCAAGCCUCCGAUUAUGAGAGUACUUACUAACUCGGUAUAGGUUGAGGAAG